GAGCGGCAGGGGCCAUGCACCGGGGCAUAGCGGGCUAAGGGCUGGCGGCGGGUGGUCGCCCGGAGACUCCGCACCUCGGGAGUGACGUCCUGCUGCAGUGCCGCCGCCUGCCUACGCUGCCCGAGCUCGUCAAUGGAGCUGGAAAACAUCGUUGCCAACACCGUCUUGUUGAAAGCCAGGGAAGGGGGUGGAGGGAAACGCAAAGGCAAAAGCAAAAAGUGGAAGGAAAUCUUGAAAUUCCCUCACAUUAGCCAGUGUGAAGAUCUCCGAAGAACAAUAGAGAGAGAUUACUGCAGCAUAUGUGAAAAGCAGCCGAUCGGAAGGCUUCUCUUCAGGCAGUUCUGUGAAACUCGACCCGAGCUCGAGUGCUGCAUUAGGUUCCUUGACUCAGUGGCAGAGUAUGAAAUUGCUCCAGAUGAAAAGCUGGGAGAGAAAGGAAAGGAAAUCAUGAUGAAAUACCUCACCCCAGAGUCUCCAGCCUGCGUUCCUGAAGUCAGUCAAGAUCUUAUCCAACAGACAGAGGAGAAACUCGAAAACAGCCCCUGCAAAGAGCUAUUCUCUCACUGUACAAAAUCUGUCCUUGACCACCUCAGUGGGGAACCAUUCCAAGAGUACCUGAACAGCAUGUACUUCGACAGGUUUCUCCAGUGGAAGUGGUUGGAAAGGCAACCAGUAACAAAAAACACAUUCCGGCAGUACAGGGUGCUGGGGAAAGGUGGCUUUGGGGAGGUCUGCGCUUGCCAAGUGCGAGCGACAGGGAAGAUGUACGCCUGCAAGAGGUUAGAGAAGAAGAGAAUAAAGAAGAGGAAAGGCGAAUCCAUGGCACUAAAUGAAAAGCAGAUUUUGGAAAAAGUCAAUAGUCAGUUUGUAGUCAAUUUAGCCUAUGCCUAUGAAACAAAGGAUGCAUUGUGUUUAGUUCUGACCAUAAUGAAUGGAGGUGACCUGAAGUUUCAUAUCUACAACAUGGGAAACCCAGGCUUUGAGGAGGAAAGAGCUUUGUUUUAUGCAGCAGAGAUUCUUUGUGGCUUAGAAGACCUACACAGAGAAAAUACUGUGUACAGAGAUUUGAAGCCAGAAAAUAUCCUGCUAGAUGAUUAUGGCCAUAUUAGAAUAUCUGAUUUGGGUCUAGCUGUUAAAAUCCCUGAGGGUGAAUCAAUCCGUGGAAGAGUAGGAACAGUAGGGUAUAUGGCUCCUGAAGUGUUGAACAACCAGAGAUACACACUCAGCCCUGACUACUGGGGGCUAGGCUGUCUCAUUUAUGAAAUGAUUGCUGGGCAAUCACCAUUCCGUGGAAGAAAAGAGAAGGUGAAGAGGGAAGAAGUGGACAGGAGAGUGCUGGAGACAGAAGAGGUGUACUCCCAUAAGUUUUCUGAGGAGGCCAAGUCCAUCUGUAAAAUGCUCCUCACCAAGGAUGUGAAGCAGCGGCUAGGAUGUCAAGGGGAAGGCGCGGCAGAAGUGAAGAGGCACCCCUUUUUCAAGAGCAUGAAUUUCAAGCGGUUAGAAGCAGGAAUGCUGGAUCCUCCCUUUGUCCCUGAUCCCAGAGCAGUAUACUGCAAGGAUGUGUUAGACAUCGAGCAAUUCUCCACAGUGAAAGGAGUUAACCUGGACCAAACAGAUGAUGAUUUCUAUUCCAAGUUUUCCACAGGAUCAGUGUCUAUUCCAUGGCAAAAUGAGAUGAUAGAAACAGAGUGUUUCAAAGAACUGAAUGUAUUUGGACCAAAUGGUACUAUUUCACCAGACCUAAACAAAAGCUACCCCCCAGAGCCACCCAAGAAAGGAUUGCUACAGAGAAUAUUUAAACGACAGCAUCAGAACAAUUCAAAGAGUUCUUCAAAUUCAAAGGCCAGCUUAAAUCACCACAUAAAUUCAAAUCACGUAAGUUCAAACUCCACCGGAAGCAGCUAGUUCCAAUUCAGUUUUAUGAAACAACAUGUUGCAUCCUUCCACUAUAAUCUAUGGCGCUUCUAUGGAUGAGAGGGCCUCCACCAUCGAGUGAAAAAGAAAAAGGAUCUCCCAAAAAGGAGAUUUUCUAUCCAUUCCUUCCAGUGGAGCCUCGCAUUUUAAGAAGAAUUUUCCACUCAGGUCUGUUUUUGGAGGUGGCACUCAAGACUGUGUGAAUCAAGUUUGUCUCUUUAGAACAUUGCAAUAGAAAUUCAAUGAACAUGACUACUUGCACGUAUUUAACUAGCAUCAUACUAGAACUGAAUUUUGUCUUUAUUAUUUUUAAAGGAAAGUUUUGUAAAUUUCUCUAUUGUCUCAGUUUACAUUUUGUACAUUUGUAUUUAAAUGAAAGUCAGACUUUGGAGGUGUAUAUUUUCCAAGCAGCAGCUGUAAAGCCAUGUGUUUUAAGACAUUUUUUUAAGGAAAAAAACAAAACACAACAAUGUGACUCAAGACUUCCAGAGCCUCAAACGAGAAAUCAUUCUUUUUAGUAAUUCUAGAGAAGUAUUCAUAAAUCACUUUAUCAGACUGGGGUUUAUUGACACGCAUUUGUAUGGAACAGUUUAUGCUUAAUUAUUUUACAUCUGUAUAUUUGGUUUACAGCAACACUGCAUCAUACAUUUCUCCUCUUCAUUAGUUUGUAACAUCUCGCAUUAAAUGCUAAAAGACAAGA